AUGCAGCUUCUUCGACUCAAUCAUUGUAAGCACCCCAAGGGUGACGAAGAGUCCCUACCGCUCUUCGACGCUGAGUCCAACGACCACGAACAUGAUGAAUUACCUGCCUAUCCACCCAGAAUAGGGGAAUCAUCGGGCUCAACCAUUCACAAUGUAACUUAUACGUUCGUUCCUCGUUGGCCUAUCGUUGGGGAACCAAAGGAUGCUUUGGGUGUAUUGGGAGAUACCAAGGAGGAAACGAUUUCAAUUGUCCAAAGGGCAUUUCCAAUCUUAUCGACCUACCCACCAAACAGAAUAGAAAUUUCUUCCUUGGUCGAAACAGAAGUUCAGAAUGGUAGUGGGAGAAGAGCCGAUGAAAGAUGGUGUAUGAUAAUGGAUGAAGCUUGGUCAGGGUUCAAGACCAACCCACCUAAGAGAUUGAGAGUUCAAAUUGCUGAUGGUCCAAGAGACGAAGAGAAGAGGAUGAAAAGGGAAAGAUUGCAUACAGCUUUAACAAUCUUGGCAGUUGUAAGUCCUUUUAUCUUGUUUUUCUUUAGUCUAUUCUUUCUUCUAUCAAAGUACGAAGAUAAUUAG